AUGGCUUCGUUCGUUCGAACGGCGAAAACAACGUUUUUGGAUGGUCAGUUUCCAGUUCUUAAAGAUGUUUCUUUUGAAAUAACUAAAAACCAAAACUGGGCCGUGGUCGGCGCUGUUGGAAGUGGAAGAACUACUUUUCUAAAAUGCUUACUAGGAUCAUAUACACCUUCUCCUGCUACAAGUUUUAAAUACCCUUUUCUGUCUGGUACCGAUAAAAGUCACUGGCAGACAAUUCAAUUUUUGGACUUUCAAACAUCAGGCCUUCAGCGUGCUGCAUAUUAUUCAGAAAGGUAUCAUUCAUACCGCGAUGAACGGGAAGACACUACUCUUCAAAGAUGGUUAUCUGAUGCUUACCGAGGUCCGGAAGAGAAAGCAUUGGAAAAGGUGCGACAUGCAGCAUCGAUUACAAGAUUGGAGUCCUUACUCGAUUCAAGUUUGAUUAAUUUAAGCAACGGGCAAUCUAGAAGGGCUAUGCUUGCUGUAAAGUUGUUACUAGAACCUAAAAUGCUAUUAUUAGAUGAACCAUAUUCUGGUCUUGAUGUUGCUUCUCGUUCAAUAGUUUCAGAUCUUUUGGGAAGUAUGUCCGAUGCUUCCUCUCCUAAAAUUGUUCUUUCCCUCCGACAACAGGACGAGAUACCUGAUUUCGUGACUCAUAUAGUCGAGUUAAAAAAUCAUGAAAUAACCUAUCAAGGAACUAGAGAUAAAUACAAACCGUUUUAUAAUCCUAUAGUUUCGUCGAAACCUCAACUCGAGGAGGCUACACCUCCAAAGAUUGGCGGUCCAAUCGUUGAGAUGAAUAACCUAAAUUGUACCUAUUGGGGUAGAAAUGUUUUACAAAAUAUUAAUUGGACUAUAAAAGAAGGUGAAAGAUGGUAUUUGAGCGGUAGCAAUGGAAGCGGAAAAACUACUCUUUUAGCUUUUGCCCUUGGUGAUCAUCCAAAACUCUUUGCUACAGACAUAAGGUUCUUUGGAAAGUUCGUUGGACCAGGAACAGGAAUCUCAAUUUUUGACAUUCAAGAAAACGUCGGUCAUUGCUCACCUGAAAUACACACACAUUUCCCUAAAGAAUUCACUUGCAGAGAGGCUCUGUUAAGUGCCUGGAGUACUACUUUUACAAUCCCGAAAGAAACCGAGAGCCGUUCAAAAACCAUUUCAAAAAUUCUAGAUGAACUGAAUAUCCGUAAGUUCGAAAAUACCCCUUUAUCUCAGUUACCCAUAGGUAUGCAAAGAUUUAUUCUUUUUUGUAGGGCUAUCAUCAAAAGUCCUCGUCUGUUGGUUUUGGACGAGCCUUUUCAAGGCGUGGAUACUGAGUAUAUGCACCUAGCUCAUAAAUGGUUGAACAAAAAUCUUUUACCGUCACAAGCAAUGGUCAUCAUUUCUCAUUACGAAGAAGAAAUUCCAGCUUGCGUGAAUGCUAGUGCAUGUAUCCAUCAAGGAAAGCUACGUGUCAACACUUAA